CACAAUCCGGUUGUCGCCUCAUUCAAAAAUCCAUUCCGAACCACCGCCAACAUGGCCCAAGGCUCGGGCAGCAAAAUCACCAAGCCCAACCCUGGACUAAACCGGUCCAAGGGCGGCAAGGCUCCCAAGAAGUCGGGCGUCACCAAGGUCAAGAAGAACAAGACCAAGGCCGACAAGGUCCAAAAGAAGUUCACUGCCGGCAUGGCCGCCAAGACCGAGAAGAUGCUGGGAGCCAGGGCUGGUCACUUGGAGCUGAUCGGCAAGGGCAAGAAGGAGGAGAACAAGGAGAAAUUCAAGGGUGGAACCAGAAAGUUCGGCUAAACGACUGUCCACUCGAGAACGCCUGAUACGGGGACAGCGACAACGGUUCAGACGGCAUCUGUGUUAGCUGAUGGAUGUUGCGCGGCAAUGUUGGGUAUCUCGCGGAAAUGGUGGAUGGAGAAGGGGAUGCCGCGGUGGACGUGGAGGCACGCGGGAACAACGAAUGAGGUGGGAGGAAGCAGCGACUGGAAGGGGGUUUGGUCACGACGAACGACAAACUUCACAUCUUUCACCGGAAUCUACGGGCUACCAAAUUUCGCGGACAACACUCGGAGUUUAUUGUUCUUUGGGCAACACUAGCAAA